AGUGCGGGUCAUCUACCGCCAUAUUGGAUUGAAUGUCCCAUAAGAUCAAUGUUAUCUUUUGGAACGUUUAGCGUCGUUAUUUAUGGACGGAAAUUUACGUAUUAUACAUCAUUGGAAACAGAAUAAAAUUCUUCAAAGCAUGUAUUUGUUACUUUUUUAUUUUAAAACUACUUCCUAUAAUUAAAUCAAAAAUAAACUUUUCAGAGUUUAAAAUUUUUUUCUAGGGUUUUGGAAGGAAUAUUUGAAAUUUGAAAAAACACAUGCCUUGCUCAAUUAAAUUCUUUAUCCAAUGCAAUUUUUUUCAACAAGAUCCGAUGUAAACUGUAGACGUGAGAGAUUCCAAAAGUAAUGCAUGACUUGUCUGAAAGGACCACUGAUUGUGACGGUUGGUUUGUCGUAGUAGUUCAGCAGACUGCCGUAAGAUAGUAGCACGCUCGGUCGCUUGCUCACUCUCAUUUUGGAGGGAACUCAAAUUUCACAUAAUGUCAAAUCUGAAUAUUUCUUGUGGGUUAUGUUUGGUUGUUCACUCUAGUCUUCUGCUGCGUCCACGAGUGAAGUGAUUUACAGUUCCUUACAAUAAUAGUUGUUCAAUUGGAAGAAAAUUAUAGGAAGUUGAAGCUGUUUUGUUUAUCUAUUUGUUGAAUUACCCAUAGUUUGUCUUUGUUGAAUCUUCAGUGUUUAAACUUAGUUUAGUUUUAUUGUUCAGCAGUGUGUUCUUAUUUUUUUGAAUUUAAGUGCAGUUUAUAAUAAUGGGGAACAAAAAACGCCUGUUACGUAAAAAGCCUAAAAAUAAGGGUGGUGAAAGGUUGCGUGAGUGGAGAAAGCAGAAAGAGGUAGGCAUUACGGAAGAUGCAAGCAAAAAAAGAAAUAUUGAUGAUGUUGAGGUAAUGAGCUGUGGGGAAGAAGAUGAUAUUAUGUUCCAAAAUGUACCAAAUCUCAUGAUUGAGAAUUCUAAGCCUACAUCUCUUUCUACCGACUUUAAAAUUAGUGGUCGCAGAAUAGUAGACAUUGCUUUCCUGAUUGAACAAUUUGUCGAAUUGAGCGGGCAUGCGCCUCAAUUCGGCUGUUCAUUUGUCAACAUGAAAUUGACUAGUGAAAUAAAAAGAGGGUUGAAAAGUGGGCUAACGUUCACUUGCAACAUGUGCCAUAUGGUAAAAACAAUAUGGACUGAACCUGAACCUCAGGAAACAUCUAUGGACAUAAACUCUGCAGCCGUUGCUGGUUCCAUCACCAAUGGUGGAGGAUUUCUCGCCUUGCAGAGAUUACUCUCUUCGAUGAAUAUUCACGCCAUGAAUAAAAAAACAUACGAGAAACAUGAAGCUCUCAUUUCUAAAGGUUGGGAGGAAACAGCAAUUGAAGAAAUGAGGAAGGCUGCUGAAGAAGAAAUUCGAUUAGCUAAAGAGCGAGGUGACGUAAACAAUGAAGGAGUGCCGUUGUUGACUGUUGUUGCUGACGGAAGCUGGGCCAAGAGAUCAUACAGGAGGAACUAUAACUCCCUAUCUGGAAUGGCAGCGAUAGUUGGAUACCACACAAGACAGGUUCUGUACUUUGGCGUGAAAAAUAAAUAUUGUGUAACCUGUACACGCAAGCCUGGAGACACACAUCACACGUGCUUCAAGAACUGGAAUGGUAGCUCAUCUAGCAUGGAAGCUGCUACCAUCGUAGAAGGCUUCUUGGCAAGUGAAGAAAUGUACAAUGUGCAAUAUGCAAGAAUGAUUGCUGAUGGAGACAGCAGUGUCUACAAUAGCAUUCUUGAAGCUAGACCUUACCAAAAUCUGACGGUAAAGAAAAUUGAGUGCCGCAACCACAUGCUGCGCAACUAUUGUAACAAGUUGAAGGAUGUUGUUACCACCAGUUUGCAUAAGGAUCUGUCCAAAGAGGAUAGAGGACUACAUUUGAAAAUGCGUAGGGUACUAGGAGGUCGCAUUAUGAGGCUGCGGACAGCAGUCACAAAAGCUAUCCAACAUAGAAAAGUUGAAGAAGGAGAAAUAAAUGAAAAGGCUGAAAAACUAAGGCUAGACAUAGUGAACGGACCCAGUCAUGUCUUUGGUGAGCAUCUUCACUGCAAAAGUCGAGGAUAUUUUUGCAACGGUCCAAAAGAAAAUGAAACUAAUUAUAUUCCAGAGAUGAAAGCAAGUGGAGUGUUAUAUAAAAUCAUGGAAGCUGUCAAUGUUCUAGCUGACCAUAGCAGCCACCUCAUUUACGACGUUGAUAGCAACAUGGUCGAACACUACAACGCAGUUGUGGCGAGAUUUACGGGAGGAAAAAGAAUCAAUUACAUCCAAAAAGGCUCAUACAGGAUGAGAUGCGCUGCUGCUGUGGUCAGCCACAACACCAACCAGCCGUUCUAUAAGCUCCAUAAAACCAUGUACAAAAGCAGCCCUGGCCUUUACGCCAAACAAUUUGAGGCCAGACAUAUGGCAAGCUUAGCGAAAAGGGCAGAGAGGAAUAGAAUGAAGCCCCGAAUCAGACGUUGUUUGAAUUUCACGUCCAAAGUGGGUGAUAGCAAUUAUGGACCCAUGGCGAAAAAACCCGAUAUGGAGGAUGAUGUGUACCAGAGAAAACUACAGGAGCACAUGCAGACUCUUCAGAAGACAAUGCAAGAAAUUCAAGAAAUUGAACAAAAUACAAGAGGUCAAAGCAACAGUCAGGAAUGGUUCGAAGAGAGAAGGACUCGACUAACGGCAUCCAACUUUGGGCUGGUGUGCAACCGGAAGCCAGACUCGAACUGUGCUCCAGUGGUGAAGAAGCUUCUGUAUACAUCUCUCAACUCGCAUUCCAUAAACUAUGGAAGAGCAAAUGAGGGAGAUGCUAUACGCCAACUUGAGCCAUUACUUGGAGUCACAGUCCAGCCUUGCGGUUUUUUUAUUGAUGAGCAAAUGCCAUUCUUGGGAGCCUCUCCUGACGGCCUCAUUGGGAAUGAUGGCAUUGUGGAGGUGAAGUGUCCGUCAAGUGGGGAAGAUAUCACGCCUGAUGAAGUUAUUGAAAAUAAGAUUGGCUUGGUUGGUAAAAUGUUCAAAAAGAGCAAAAGCAAUGAAAGUUACCAAAUUAAAUCAAGUCAUUCUUAUUUUUAUCAAAUACAAGGGCAGCUACAUAUAACAAGAAGAAAGUACUGUAUUCUUGUCAUUUGGACUCCAAAAGGCCUCAAAACUUUUGAGAUUGAACGGGAUGAUGAGUUUUGGAAAGAGAACAUGAAAGAAAAACUAGAAACAUUUUAUAUGAAAUGUUUACUUCCCGAACUCAUCGAUCCAAGACAGCGAAGAAGUUUGCCAAUUCGUGAACCGGAAUACAUUUUGCUGGCUCAAGCGAAAAAACAAAAAUGA